AUGUUUUUAUUUUUAGUUGAUGAUUUUGGCAAAUCAAGUAAUUGGAAUACAUCAAAAAUAAGUAGUAUUAUCAAAGAUAAUCAAAAUGAUUAUAAUAAAAAAACAGUGCUAACACAAAAUGUCAAUAAUGAAGGUAAGCAAAACAUUUUUUGGGCACCUUUUUUAGAUAAUAAAUUAAUAGAUGAAGAUGAAGUAUAUAAUAAUCCAAAGCUUCAUUCAAAGGAACAAGAUGAAUUUGAAAUUCCUGAUGGUGGAAACGGAAUCUAUGUGGAUUCCGAAUCCACAUAUGUGGAUACGGGAUUUUGGUCAGAAUUAAAGCAUAGUACCGGACUAGGAUUUCGUAAUGCUGGCCAAGAUCCGAUUUCCGCCGAUCACGGUAACGGAGGUAUCAGUAACAAGAAUAAUGGCGUAAGUUCAAACUUGAGUAGUGGUAAUAAUGAAAAGAUAACAUCGCUACGAUAUCCUCCAAGGCGACAAGGUGAUGUGGAAGGUGAGAGGAAAAAUGAAAGUGUUAGCGGUGGUGAUAAAUAUUGA